AUGGCACCGAAGGACUUCGAAGUGGCUAUUAUUGGUGGCGGUAUUGCUGGCCUGACUCUCGCGAUCGCUCUGCACCAUCGAGGCGUCAAUGUGGUGAUUUACGAGCAAGCGGCGCAUUUCGCUGAGAUUGGAGCGGGCGUUUCAUUCACACCCAAUGCCGUCCAAGCGAUGAAGCACUGCUACUCGGGCGUCUACUCCGCUUUCGAAAAGAUCCGCACGGGCAACCUCUGGCCUUCGAAGAAGAAUGUUUGGUUCGAUUACCAUGAUGGGUAUCAUGAUAAAGACGAGACAUUUGCGUUUUCGAUCACGUCUAGUAUAGGGCAGGCGGGCGUGCAUCGGGCGAGGUAUCUGGAUGAGCUUGUGAAGCUGUUGCCGGAGGAGCAUGCGAGGUUUGGGAAGAGGCUGGAGGGGUUUGAGAGGGAUGGGAGUGGGCGGUGGAGGUUGAGGUUUGAGGAUGGGUCGGAAGCGACGACGGAUGCGAUAAUUGGCUGCGAUGGGAUCAAGUCCAAAGUCCGGCAAUUGUUGUACGGCGACCACCCAUGCUCACAUCCCACCUUCACGCACAAAUAUGCGUACCGGGCCUUGGCGACGAUGGAAGAUGCUAUCAAAGCUGUUGGUGAAGAGAAGGCCAAGAACGCAUGCAUGCAUAUGGGCCCCGGUGGCCACAUGCUCACCUUCCCGGUCAACCACGGCCAAACCCUCAACGUCGUCGCUUUCCAUACCACUGAAUCCGACUGGCCCGAUUACAACAAACUCACCCGUCCGGCGAAACGCGAAGACGCCCUGAGAGACUUCGCAAAUUACGGACCCGAUGUUACAAACCUCCUCCAACUCUGCCAGCCAAACCUUGAUGUCUGGGCCAUCUUCCAUUUGGGUGAUCACCCUGUGCCAACGUACGCCAAGGGAACGAUAUGUAUCGUCGGCGACGCCGCACACGCCACCUCACCACACCACGGCGCAGGGGCGGGGUUCUGCAUCGAGGAUGCUGCUGUCCUCUCAGACCUCCUCGCCGAUGAUCGUGUGCGCACUCAGCAAGACAUUGAAGUCGUUUUCAGCGUAUUCAACGACGUUCGACGGGAACGGGGCAACUGGCUCGUGCAGAGUAGUCAGCAUAUUGGCAACUGCUACGAGUGGAUUGGGCAGGGGGUCGGUGAGGAUUUCAGCAAAGUUGAAAAUGAAAUCAAUACUAGGAAUGGUAUGAUUUCGGACGUGGAUGUGCAGGGACUAUGUAGAGAGGCCGUGGGGAUUUUGAGGGGAAGACUGGGUGGGGAUGGAAUGGAUAAGGGGGCGAGGCUUUGA